GGCGAUUCUAUUUUUAGUCUUGAAAUAAAAUAUAUAGAUAAUGUGGAAGCUUAAGAUUGCGGAAGGAGGGAAUGAGCCUUACCUUUUCAGCAAAAACAACUUCUGCGGGAGGCAGACAUGGGAGUUCGAUCCCGACGCCGGCACCACCGAAGAGCGGGAAGAAGUCGAGGCCGCUCGCCGUCGCUUCUGGGACAACCGCCGCGGCCGUGUCAAAGCCAGCUCCGACCUCCUCUUGCAGUUCCAGAUUCGGCCUCCCUUUUGCAGUCGUCGCUUAUACGUUUCUGAGGGAGAAAAAUUUUAAGCAAACAAUUCCAAGAGUGAAGGUGGGAGAGGGAGAGGAAGUAACCUACGAGGCUGCCACGGCUGCAUUGAGAAGAAGCAUUCGUUUCUUUGGAGCUCUUCAGGCCAGCGACGGCCACUGGUGCGCUGAAAACUGCGGCGUCAACUUCUACACCCCACCCAUGGUAUUUGCUCUGUAUAUUACCGGGCACCUCAACACGGUAAUAACAGCAGAACAUCGAAAAGAAAUUCUACGCUACACCUACUGUCACCAGAACGAGGAUGGCGGGUGGGGAUUACACAUAGAAGGCCACAGCAUGAUGUUCUGUACGGUGCUCAACUACGUUCAAAUGCGGCUGCUCGGAGAAGGACCCGACGGAGGUGAAGAAAAUGCCUGCGAAAGAGCGAGGAAAUGGAUUCUCGAUCACGGCACAGCAACUGCGAUCAGCUCUUGGGGGAAGACUUGGCUUGCUAUACUUGGGGUGUAUGAGUGGGAUGGCUGCAACCCCAUGCCUCCAGAGUUCUGGGUCUUCCCAACUAUCUUCCCUAUGCAUCCAGCAAAAAUGUUAUGUUACUGCAGACUCACUUACAUGUCGAUGUCAUAUUUCUACGGGAAGAAGUUUGUGGGUCGAAUUACACCACUGCUUUUGAAAAUAAGAAGAGAAAUCUACAACCAACCUUAUGAACAAAUCAACUGGGGCGGAGUUCGACAUUUAUGCGCAAAGGAAGAUAAUUACUAUCCACAUGGAGUCACACAAAAGCUUUUAUGGGACGCACUUUACAACUUUGUCGAGCCCUUGUUAUCACGUUGGCCUUUCAAAAGGCUGAGAGCCAAAGCUCUGCAUCGGACAAUGGAACACAUUCACUACGAGGAUGAGAACAGUCGCUACAUCACCAUUGGCGCUGUUGAAAAGUCACUGAACAUGCUUGCGUGCUGGGUCGAUGAUCCCAACGGGCUGGCCUUCAAAAAGCAUCUCGCCAGGAUUUCAGACUACUUCUGGCUUGGAGAGGAUGGAAUGAACCUUCAAAGCUUUGGCAGUCAAACGUGGGACACUAGUUUUGCCCUCCAGGCUUUGCUUGCCUGCAGUGACCUGGUUGAAGAACCUUCAGUCAUGUUUGGAAGAGGACACAACUUCCUGAAGCUUUCUCAAGUAACUGAAAACCCUUCUGGGGAUUUUAAGGCGAUGUUUCGUCAUACGUCAAAAGGGUCAUGGACAUUUUCUGAUCGAGAUCAUGGCUGGCCAGUUUCGGACUGCACUGCUGAAAGUUUAAAGUGUUGCUUACUAUUCUCAACAAUGCCUCCUAAUAUCGUUGGAGAUAAAAUUCAAUUCCAAAACCUCAAUGAUGCGGUCGAUAUCAUAUUUUCUCUUCAGAAUGGGGAAAAUGGAGGGUGUUCAGCCUGGGAGCCAUCAGGAGAAAAAUUAUGGUUAGAGUGGUUCAACCCUGUGGAAUUUUUGAAGGAUCUUGUGAUUGAAUACGAAUAUGUUGAGUGCACCUCGUCUUCAAUACAUGCCUUGGUGAUGUUAAGGAAGUUGCACCCAACACAUAGAGUCAAGGAGAUUGAGGAAUUCAUCUUCAAAGCAGUGAAAUUCAUUGAAGACGUUCAACAACCUGAUGGUUCAUGGUAUGGGAACUGGGGAAUAUGUUUCAUUUAUGCUACAUGGUUUGGGAUUGGAGGAUUAGUUGCUGCAGGUAAGACAUACGAGAACUGUGUUGCUAUUCAGAAAGGAGUUUCAUUCCUUCUUGAAACACAACAAGAAGACGGAGGAUGGGGAGAAAGCUAUAUAUCAUAUUGGUACAUACAAGGAGUAUGUUCCUUUGGCUGGCGGCCGAUCAAACUUGAUUCACACUUCAUUUGCAUUGAUGGGUUUAAUCCUUGGUGGCCAGGCAAAGAGAGAUCCAACACCACUUCAUGAUGCUGCCAGGUUGUUGAUCAAUUCACAAACUGAGAUUGGUGAUUUUCCGCAACAGGAAAUUAUGGGAGUUUUCAUGAGGAAUUGCAUGAUGCAUUAUGGCGCUUAUAGAAAUAUUUUUCCUAUUUGGGCUCUAGCGGAAUACCGUCGCCAUGAGUACUGAAAAUUCUUCUGGCAAGACACCAGUGAAACUAAUACAUGUCUUUCAGUAGGGAUGAAAAUCAAAGUAUUGAGCUUGUGAGCUGUCUGGAGGAGUUUAUGGUUUCCACUUGAGUAGAAUGGGAGUUGAUUUCUCUUCCUAUAGAAGUAAUAUAUUUCUAUAAGAUUUGGUUUCUUGGUAAUAAAUCAUUUGUAGUUAAACUAAUACGAUAACAUAUUUUGUUGGUAAUU